AGAGGGGUGGGUUGCGGAGGGGGGGCUUUCAUAUUUAUACCAUCACGUUAAGUUGGUGAUGUUCCUAGGCUGGAUCUCUUCUUUGGCAGGGUAUUAUUGGCUGGCGUCUUCCCAACCGCCGCAAUUCUGGGUGGCGGCGGGAGGUGUGUUCCGUAGUGCGAGCCGCGUGUUUGAUAGGACGAACACCAAGCAGUCCCGUCCCUACUGCCAGUUCCAAGUAGGUACUCACUGCAAGUACUCGCAAGCAACAUCUUCACGCCAGAAGGUACUUGAUGUUCAGCAGGCAGGGUAAACAACUGGCGCGCGUUGCUGGCCCUUGAAGGGGGAAACCUGGAACUGGUGCAAAGAGCUGAACGGCCAUGAACGCUGUUGGGGCAGAUUGCCAGCUGCGGACCGGGCAGACAUGGACAGCCCAGGCAGCAUCUCAGCCUAACCACGACCAAAAUGGAACGUCGGGGAUGUCAGUGACUUCACCCGCGGUACCUGUCAACUGCCAGUCUGCCACUCAGCUUUCAUCAUGGCAGACUGUCGGGCUCUUUCUUUCCUGUGCUUCGCCAAUGAAAUAAGGACAUGGAAGCAGUGAGCGACUUCAGGAUGGCAGCAAGUAAGGUAGGUAGGUACCUUACGCGCAAGUUGUAACGGCUCUAGGUAUGACUGGACGGAUACGCAAUGGAAGACUGACA